AUGGUCUAUUCGCAGGCGGUGGCCAUUCCUUUCCUAUCCAUUAUUGGUAUCUGCAUCAUCAUCGUCCCCUUGAUUCUACACAUCAAGAACAAAAACUACCCGUCCGCCGGCAUCCUCAUCUGGUUCGUCUUACUCAACCUCUUCAACAUCAUCAAUGCCUUCAUUUGGUCAAGCGAUGAUACCGACUCGUGGUGGGAUGGCACUGGUCUUUGCGACUUUGAGGUCAAGAUCAUGAUUGCCAGUUACGUCGCGGUCCCCGGAGGGCUGCUGUGUGUGUUCCGCAGUCUGGCUCGGGUGCUGGAUACCAGAUGUGCAACUCUCGUUCCCGAUAAGAAGCAGCGCUGGCGCAAUCGUGGCAUGGAGAUACUGUUCUGUGUUGUGGUUCCGCUUCUUUCGAUGGCCACCCAAAUCUUCUACCAGAAGAGUCGGUACAUGGUUUAUCAAGUCUCGGGCUGCAUCAACAACUUCGAUGAUAGCCCCAUUUCACUUGCGCUUGCGUUCAUCUGGCCGCCUAUAAUCUGCCUGCCUGCGUGCUGGUACUGCGGUCUGGUUCUUCACCGUCUACGUCUGUAUCGAAGCCAAUUCGGAGACAUCCUCAACGCAUCCAACAGCAACAUCAACAAAUCCCGAUUCAUACGCCUCUUCUCUCUAAACUUCAUUAUGCUCGUCAUCAUUUUCCCGAUCCAAUGCUACGUCGUCUGGCAAAACACAGUCCUCUCGUUUCCCUGGCAUACCUAUUCCUGGAGCGCAGUCCAUGGGCCGGAGUGGAAUACAAUCGUCAAGUAUACUACCGGUGGAAAUGCAUUUUUUGACCGCUGGGUCCCUAUUGCCGCAUGCUUUCUUGUGUUCGUCUUCUUUGGCUGCGGUAAAGAUGCCAAUGAGCUGUAUCGGUCGUUCUUGAGGUCCUUAGGGCUUGACCGCUGCUUUGCUUGUCUUGACACGGAGUAUAACCGUCGGACAAGUAUGAACAGUUCUUCCGGCAGCAGGGUUAAGUUGCUGUUCAACAAGAACAAGAGAUGGACCUCUACCUCAAGAACCUACGUAAACACCAACACCGCCUCCACAACCCCCACAACACGUCAAUCCUACCACGACAUCGAAAAAGGCAUGCCCUCAAUCCGCAUCGACGACGACCAAAACUCCCACCCCGAAGAAAAAUCCUGGUUCCGAUCCUUCUUCCACCGACCCGCUCCUUCGAAAUCUUCCAACCACGAAAGACACCCCUCCCAUCUUUCAUUGUCAGGCCAGAAUACCGUGUCCACGAAUGCUUGGGCUGGGAUGAGUCGGAGCCGUGGAAGUGAUGAAUUCAGUCCGAGUCCGAGUAGGAGAGAUUUUAUUCGGGUGAGGCAGGAGAUUAGCCAGGAGAGUGUUAUGCAGGAGGUCUUAUGA